UGGCGACCAGCAAAGAAGAAGAAGAAGACGAAGCUGCUGCUAUGGCACACCUAACGACCUCAUAUCACCGCCUGUCCUGCUUCGGGCAAAGCAUACAAUAACCCCGACUUUUCUCUCUUGGUUUUCCCCAAUCGGGGUUUGUGUCGAGAACAGGCAACAAGCUAAGUACGACUCACGGUCGCUGGACGGAAUACGAAAGCGGAAGAAGUUUCCGUACGCGUAACGUUAGUGCGGCUCCGCAGCGGUUAGCUUAAAGUCGUUAGCUUAAAGUCGUUAGCCUAAAGUCGUUAGCUCGUCUAACGUCGCACGACAGCAGCUAGCAGGCUAGCUCGCUCCCUUCGCUGUCAUGUCCGGGCUCUCUCGGGCUUGUACCGCUUGAACGAGGGUUCCUAGCUAGCAGUUAGCUGGUUAGCUCCCAGACGCCCAGCAGCGGAUUGGUCCUCCACCACCAAAAGCGCAGGCAGGGCGGACCGGACCUGGAACGGCGACAGUUCGGGGACUCACGGCUGAGGUUUAGCGCCUUCUUCCGGGGACCCUUGAGCCGACACACCGAGUAACACAAACCAAAGCUUUACAAUCAGAUAUCUCUAUCUGGCUUUAAAAGGAGGCUCUACAUUUUCUCUGUGCCAAAGAAAGAAAGAAGGGGAAAAAAGCCCCAAAUAACCGUCGUCACCGCAGCGAUGCUGACAGACAACAGGAAACGACACCGUAACUGUGACAGUGAGGAGGACCAGCAGCUGAGUUCUCAGGCCAAAAGGUCAGGGGGGGGUGCCAGCCUGCUCCUGUCAGAUCUGGAUUCAGAGUCUUCCAGCAGCGACAGCAGUAACGGGAUCAGUAGUCCAGAGGGAGCAUUAGUGGCUACCGCCAGGCCAUGCAUACACAGCCAGAACAACGGCAUCAGCCAGUGCUCCCCCAGCCCAAAGCCUGAAGACUCCGGUUGCGCCUUGCAGCACGGUUUCCAUGGUGACGGCAGCAGUGUCUCCUACGACCACAUCAACAGAGUCCUGAGGGAGGCGCACUUCAGUAGUCUGCAGACCAGAGGGCGUCCGGGCUCAACAUGACCGUGACCCCUGAUCCCUCCCCUGACCUUUGGCCCACCGGUGCUGACACCGUUGGCCCGGUGGCUCCUCCUUGAAAGCCUCAAGGAACAAAUUUGGGUCAGGGGGAAAGGGGAUGAUGUGUGGGGAGGUUUACAGAUUUUGGGCACAACGGCUCAUCCCCACCUCACCAUGUACCAUUUGUGGAGACCAUAAGCACAUCCGCUGUUCCAUGGCCCAGCCACUGUGGUUUUCUGUGCAGUAUCGAUGUGUGUGUGUUUGUGUGCGUGUGCACGCACCCUGUGCACUUUAUAAAGAGGAAUCUUUCUCUUUACAUUGCGUGCGUCGAUGCGUGGACAUCUGCCAUUGGUGCUAAUAUCAAGAAGCGUGCGAUGAUCCAAAGUGCUUGCGGAAACUAAAUAAAGUGAAGCACUUUAAUCAAUAUCU